AUGUGUGAGGAGGGAGAGGGAUGUGUGAGGAGGGAGAGGGAUGUGCGAGGGCUCGCGGCGCCGGGCGGAGAACAAGCGCACCAACGGAAAUAUAUUCGUGGAGCGAUCCGGGACGAGAACGAUACGACGACGCGACCGCGACACGACACGGAGUGGGGGGAGUGGAGGGGGGGCAGUCCUCACGAGGAUGGAGCACGGCUGGUGGAGGAGGAGGUGUGA